AAUGAAAACGGCUAUAUCAAGACUCACCCAGUUCCGUAGUCAUUUAAUCGCUAUCAACAAAAACCCCGUUAUCCGCCCCUUCCACACAUCUUCACCCAUGAUGGUCCCCCUCACUCUCGACUCGAAAUACCGCAUGAACUCAGGUCAUGAGAUUCCAGUCCUCGGGUACGGCGUCUAUCAGACUCCUGCAGCCGUCGCAUCCGAAGUGGUCCAGCAUGCACUAAGGACCGGAUAUCGCCAUGUUGACUCAGCUGUUGCAUAUCGCAACGAAGCGCCAUCAGCAGAAGGCACGAAGAAAUCGGGAAUUCCGCGCUCUCAGCUCUUCUUUACUACCAAGAUUCCACCCAAGCAAAUGAGCUACGAGACUGCUAAGCAGCACAUUGACAGCUCGCUCCGGGAAACCGGGUUCGACUAUGUGGACCUGUACCUUCUCCACUCCCCAUAUGGUGGCAAGGAGAACAGAAUCGGUGCGUGGAAAGCACUUGUCGAAGGCGUUAAUGCCGGGAAGAUCCGCAGCAUCGGGGUUAGUAACUAUGGUGUGCACCAUCUCGAAGAGCUCGAGACGUACAUCAAGAGUGUAGAUGAGAAAGAAGGGCCGGGGAAAGGGGGUGUAUUGAGUAUCAAUCAGAUUGAGUUACAUCCUUGGCUCGCUAGGAAAGACAUAGUGGAUUGGUGUAAGACGCGAGGUGUUUUAUGUCAGGCGUAUAGUCCGCUUGUUCGAGCGACAAAAGCGGACGACACGUUACUGGUACCACUGGCAACAAAGUACGGGAAGACAGCUUCUCAGAUUCUUCUGAGGUGGAGUUUGCAGAAGGGAUUUGUGCCAUUGCCAAAAUCGGUAACAAAGUCAAGAAUUGAAGAAAAUGCUCAGCUGUACGAUUUCGAGCUUACGGAAGAAGACAUGAAGCGUCUUGAUACUGGGGACGAUAUCCCGUUGUUCCGGAAACACUACUACAACAUGAAAUAA